CCUCCUUCUCUCCUUGCUGCAGCGUCCUCCCUCCCUCUUUCCUUCCUUCCUCCCUUCCUGGGCCGGGCAACGGAGGAGGGCAGCGCCUUUCCCUCUUUCCCUGGGAGCGCGCCCGGCUCAGCCUCUCCUCUGCCUUCUCUCCUUGGAAAGGAAGAAAAAAAGGGCGUCUUUCCUGCACAAAAUACAGAGCCGGAGCGCGCGCUCCCUUUUGCAUGCGCGCCCGGGGUCCGGCGCAAAGGGAAUUGACUGUAAAUUAAAAAUAAAGACAGCCCUGUAUAUAUAUAUUUUGGUUCCCGAGGAAGAGGAGGAGCAACAGCAGCAGCAGGAGGAGGAGGAUAGAGGAGGAGGAGGAGGAGAAACAUGGCGAAAACCGAGCAGGUCCUGAGCCUGGAGCCGCAGCAUGAGCUCAAAUUCAAAGGUCCCUUCACAGAUGUUGUCACUACAAACCUGAAACUUGGCAACCCUACAGACAGAAAUGUCUGUUUCAAAGUGAAGACUACAGCACCACGCAGGUACUGUGUAAGGCCCAACAGUGGGAUUAUAGAUGCUGGAACGUCAAUUAAUGUCUCUGUGAUGCUACAGCCUUUUGAUUAUGACCCUAAUGAGAAAAGUAAACACAAGUUCAUGGUUCAGUCGAUGUUUACACCUCCUGAUAUUUCAGACAUGGAAGCAGUAUGGAAAGAAGCAAAACCUGAAGACCUCAUGGAUUCAAAACUUAGAUGUGUGUUUGAGCUGCCAGCAGAAAACGAUAAACCCCAUGAUGUAGAAAUAAAUAAAAUUAUAUCCACAACUGCAAUAAAGACAGAAUCUUCUGUAAUGUCAAAAUCGUUAAGUUCUUCUUUGGAUGACAGCGAAGUUAAGAAAGUAAUGGAAGAAUGUAAGAGGCUUCAGUUAGAGGUUCAGAGGUUACGAGAGGAGAAUAAACAGUUGAAGGAAGAAGAUGGGCUGCGGAUGAGGAAGGCUCCCCAGACAAACCAUCCAACCUUUGCUUCGGCCGCUGCUGUGAAGGAAGAAGGCCUCAGCACUAGACUACUCGCGCUGGUGGUUUUGUUCUUUAUUGUUGGCGUAAUUAUAGGGAAAAUUGCCUUGUAGAGGCCGCAUGCUGAGGAUUGUAAAUUGGAUUGAUGGAUCUGCCAUAUCAUUGGAUUAAAUUUAUUCAUAACAAAAUGUUUUAAGAAAUGUAUGACAUCUCACAGGUCUUGCCUUUUAAAUUUUUAUCCCCUGCACAAAUAUAACAUUAACAUUAACAUAAUCUUCUAGAAAAGUUUUACAAAAAUGUUCAAGGAGCAAGCAGGAGAAGAGAGGGUAGUUAUCUUGAUUGUGAGCAAUGAGGAAGAAAUCAUGUAUUUAACACUAAUGGUGCAUUGUUUAGAAGAAAAAAGUAACUUUAAACAUUUCUGGGACUUUGGAACCUAUUACUGGAAUUCUCUUCUUUGGAGGCAGAAAAAUAUUCCUCCACUGUUUUUUAGAGGGUGGCUUGGGCAGACAAGGUAGAAAGCUCUCUAUAAAAUAGAUUAACCCAUUCUUCUUCUUUGUAAACGUCCAGUGAGUAUGACUCAGGUCUCAGAAUCUUAGCUGUGAGACUCUGACUCUACAAACAGCUAUUGAUCUCUGUUGGAGCUUGCCUCUCUGGGCCCUGUGCCAUAUGCAGGGACUGCAUAACUCACUAUGGAAGAUUAGAAUUUUGGGGAUAAAAACAGCAGGUUUGGUUCCCCAGAAAGGAACCAGUGGCACCAGUGCCUCUAAGGGCAGGUGGUGUUUCUGUGGUUGGUCCCAGCCAGUCCCUGUACAGAAUUGGUAUAACUAAAGGCAUCUGGUAGUUUUGAGCUGCCUUGGAGUGGGGAGCCAGAGAAAUUGAAGGGAGAAAUCAGUUGUAUGCUUCCCUCCCUCUUGUCAAGCAAAUAAUUGGGGGGGACCUAGUGGAUAGUGGUGGGUUGGAAACAUAAGGGCGCCUCUUUCCCUAGCCCAGCUUGAUCAGCGUAUUGCACUAGGGUGUUUCAAGUUGAACUGGAAAUGCGGGUCCAGUAUCACCAGGCUUUGUAGGGGAAAGGAGCAUUGUAUUGGGUCAUCUUAAAUCAGUUAAAAUGGCUGACCUCUGCCCCAUCUGUUUUCCAGUCCAGGUGGCACUCUGUAAAUGGGGACCAUGUGUUUUUCCCACCUUAUCCCAUCACAUUUGUUUUUGCAACACCUUGUUCGUCCCAUCCUCCAAAGACCCUUUCUUCCUCAGCACUUGCGCCCACAGCAAAUUUUCACAGGCUUAGGCACACACUGCAGUGUGUGUGUUUUGUGUGCGCGUGUGUGUUUUCUGUAACAUUGUUUGCCCCUCUUCGGCCAUUGCAGUCUGCCAAAGCUUUUCCUGAUCAGGCUUCUGUCUUGAACCGGAUAAAAAGCAACCGUGUGUUCAGUCCCCUGGAGCUGAGAGGCCUGUUAGAUUUGUCUGUCUCCAGUGGCACAGGACAACUUCUCAAUAGCCCAGGUAGAGAGGGAGAAAGAAAAUAUAUUUCUCUUUUCACCCAUCAGCUGUUUAGGGCUGCCUUUUGGAUGAAAUUGUAUCCAGGAGAUAGCGUCUCUCAGACUGCAGGUGCUAAUGGAAAGGAGACAAGAAUUUAAGGGUGCACGCUUGGAGGAACGUGUGGCAGCAUUGAGAUCUUGUAUACAGAAGAGUAGGCUUAUACACCCAGUUUUGUGAUGUCUCAUGUCUCCAGCUUAAUGGAUGCUUCGCGUGUCAAGGAAUAUGCACAAACCGAACACAGACCCACUGCAAGAUUGAAAGGUACCGCUUGGCAGUCACCUGUGUCUCAGGUUGAAUGGAAUGAAGGCUGAUGCUUUGCUGUUCUUAAAGGGGACCAACCUACCAUUGCUGUCGGUUCAUGUGGCUGAGUUAAAACUCACAUGCCCAUACAUUUAAUGCACAUUUAACUUAUUUAAUGUAUUUCAUCUCAGUGUUUUCUUUAUUGUCAUGGAAAAUUUGACUACUGUUAUAAAUGGUUAAAGCGAAAAGCAGGAGAAAAAGCACCUGUUCAGAGUUUGAUGGAAAGAGCAUUUCUUUUUCUUUUUCUUGCUGUAGUGGUGAUGGAUUCUUCUGCCUCCUAAUACUUUGGGCACCACAUACUUCUCAGUUUUCAUCAUCUAAACAUUGGGGGAAACUGCAGUCAGGAAGCUGUUUUGUAUAUAAAAUAAGUCUAUGUAGGGGAAAAAAUAGUAGGAAUUAGUUCUAUGCUGUUAAAAAAAUUAAAGACCAAUCCUGUUUGACUAUGUAGCAUCUUUAAAAUAAUCAAAUAAAUCUACCCCCAAAUUGAA